AUGGGAUUAUUUGGAAAGAAAGAUAUUGCAAAUGAGAUUGAUGAUCUUAAUAUCAGGAUCAAAAUCCUCGAGCAAGAUCUAAGAGAUGUUCCUUUGUUUUAUGAUAGCAUUUUUUACUUCCUUUUAUUUUUAUCAUUAGCUGUAGCAUGCUUUUAUAAAUACAUAAUAUAUGCACUAAUACCAUCAACACUUACAAUCCUUAUUUUCCUCCUUAAAAAGCUUAGAAUUUCUAGAAUCAAAAGCAACAUUCAAUAUUACAAAGAUUCAAUCAACAAGAAGAACAAAGAAAUUGACAACAAUAAAGAAAUCGAACAAUACAAAGAAUUCCUAACAAAAUUUAGAAAUAAUGCAAAUGCAAGACCACCUCCACCAAAAACUGUUUUUCGUAAUUCAUUCAUGCUUAGAACUCUUGACAAAUUAUGCGGAACAUAUACAAGCAAUCCUAAGGCUCUCAUUUGCAAAAAAUGCGGCUUUAAUAAUGGAUUAGCCGAUGAUCCAAAGAAUACUACGUAUAUCUGCGCAAGCUGUGGAAGUACUAACAAAAAAGCAAAUACAGGUAAAGAAAAAACUGAAUAA